GCCGCCUGCCGGGAGGGCUCGGUGCGGCGAGCGCCCCGCCGAGCCGCCCCCUCCCCGCUCCCUCCCGGAGGGUCCGGCCAGGGGCGACGCCGCCGGAGCAUCGAGCACGUUUCGCGGCCCGGGGCUGCUCUCCGCGCCUGGGCUCGUAGCGCCAUGGCGGCCGCCCGCCCGCGGGAGCCCGGGCCGUGACCCGCACCGAGCCCCGCUCCGAGCCAUGCCAGCAUCGCCCCUUCCUGAGAGCUGCGGGCUAGCCGCGCCGCUGCCCUGAGUUGACAUUGUAUGAGCACAGAAAGCAGCAAUGGGAGUAUGCAGUUUUCUACUGAAGAGGUCUCUCAAGAGCUCAUGAUUUUUUUUCAUCUCUCUUCUUAACAUUCCUCCUGCUCCGCAGACAUGGCUCACCAUGCAAGGCCUUCCAGAUCAGCCAAAAAAGAAGAGUUAGGCAAAAGGAAAACUAACCAGAGCAAAAAGAAAUCUAGCCAAGUGAGAAAGAAACCCACAAAGACUUCCACAAAAGCUGUUAGUUCUGGAAAAGGUAAAAAGCUAGUGCAAGAAAAAGAUGUUAAGAAGAAACAGCCAGAAAAGAAAGCAAUCAUGAGCUCUUCAGGUAGACUUCUCAGGAGCAGUGUAACCAGAACCUUGUCUGGAGCAUCCUGGGUGAGUUUGGAGAAAGCUGACAAUAUCCUCUUUCACAACCAGGAUUCUUUCAGCAUCAAUGGCUUUACAAUGUCUCUCCGUAACCGAUCCUUCUCCCAAAGAUUGUCCCAAACUCCAAUAAUUGCAAAACCCAAGAAAGCUGCAGCACAAAAAACGCUAGAAACAAAGGAAGUACAUGAACAAGAAGCCCUGGCAGGAGUAGAAGAUAAAAAUGAUGAAAUAGCUUUGAAACAAGAUUUAGCUCAAAGGGAGUUAGCAGCUCUGCCUGUACAAGGCUGUCUGUGUAGUGCAGAUGAAGAGCCUCUUAUCCCAUGUGCCAGUCAGGAUGAGGUAGAAAUACCUGGAACAGAUGGCUCCAUUCCAAACAAUCAGGGAACUGAUGAUGGUACAGAAGCUUCAGAGGUGAAAUCUAAGCGUGAAGACCUGCCCUGUGAGCAGAUACCCAGUGAUCUUGGUACGGGUAGUUUGGCUGGAGCAUUUGUUGAAGGUGCUGCGCUGGUGCUUCCGUCUUUUCCUUCUGACCCUGUAAUUGCCUCUGAAUCAAACUCGAAAGUGCAUGCAGAGACCCCCUUCAAUGUGCUGCCUAACAGUACAGAACCUGACUCCAGCUCUGUUGAUACCUCAGGCCUCAGCUCAGCAGUUCUGAUAGAGUCGGUCACACUUGCUAAAUUCCACAUUGGAGCAGGGUUGGACAUGGUGCUACCUAGGGAACAGCAAAACUUGGAUUCUGCAUCUCUAGUUACCUCUGAGUUUAACUCACAAGAACAUUUAUUAGAAGAUGCAAGGUCAUUUGCAGAUUCCUGCUUGAAGGCAGGCUGGGGUUUGGAAUCUGAGAAUAAAGACAUUGGUUCAAAUUCCAGUUCUGUAGCUGCCUCUGAAUCAAAUUUGCUUUUACAUUUUGAAGGUGCAAGCUCACUUGCAGAAUACCCCAUGAAACUGGUUAUGGAUUUUGUACCCAUUCACAGAGAACUUGAUUCAAAUUCAGAUUUGAGCUUUGCAAAAGAGAAUUCAGAAUUUGACACAAAAAACAUAUUUACAGUAUGUGAACCAAUCUCCAAUACCUCUUUAAACAAUAUUGAAGUAGAGGACAUUGAACAGCUUGUUAAAUGUAUCAAUGCAGAGACAUUAAUUUUUAAUUCAGGAUAUAUCCCCACUUUAUCUUCAGAUUUAGAAAAAAGCACAGUUGAUAAAAUCUCUGCUGAAAGCUCUGGACAAUUCUCUGCAGGUUUUGUUUCAGAGUUGCCUUCAAGCAUGGGAAUCUCUGCUCUUGCCUCAGCAAAAGCCAUAAAUGCAGAUUUGCCAGCUGACUCAAGACUGCAGCAUAAUGAUUAUUCAUCACAGCUGGGAAGUGUCGGAGUAAGCUUGAAUUUGGUUCAGGACAGCGUGAGCAACAGCACUGAAGCAGUUCAGGCCUCGGGGCCGUCCUCUCUUAAACAUCCAGCUGGUGAUUACCCUGUUCCAUAUUCAUCUCUGCUGCCUAUGCUGGAGAAAAAGAAACGAAGGCGUUGUGGAGUCUGUGAGCCCUGUCUGCGGAAAACAAAUUGUGAGGAAUGCAGCUGUUGCAGGAAGCGCAAAACCAGUCACCGGAUAUGUAAAAAGAGAAAAUGUGAAGAACUGAAAAAGCCACCACCACCAAUCAAGCUACCCUUUGAGGUUCUAACAGAAAACAAAAGGCCUCAGAGGAGGAAGCAAAGAGUUUUAAAGGCAAAUUUAGAAAACAAAGCAGUAAAUGGCUGCAGACCAGAACUCAUGGAAUGCAGUAUAUGUGGUCAUGGUGAAAAAUACAGGGUGAAGACAAACCAAGCAGUACCCAUUGAAAAUGUGCAGUGUAAGGAGAAGGAGAGAAUGACUGGCUUAGAAGCAGAGAAGUGGGCACACAACGAGAAGCCAUCCUUCGGUGUCCACGUCAACGGCGACAUCCACGGAGCUGUGACGGGCACCGGACACUUGAAACACGCUGAGCACAGUGAGAGAGCAGCCUCUCCCAGUCACCUCACUGAGCCAAAAAAAUCCUUGGUGCACGCCAUCAAAAAUGGCAUCACAACCCUGCAUUAUUCACCCCCAGAAGCAGUUCCUUCACUGGAAGAUGUAUCUGCAGAUGAAAGCAACUCCCACGUGCAAUGGCCAAAGGGUAUCAAUCUGAAUAACAUAAGCACUCAGACGAGUGGCACUGGCUGUGUUCACCCAGAAAACCAAGGGAAUGUUUUAAUGAAAGAGGAAAACUGUACCUGCAGCAUCUCCGAGCAUUCUGAUAAGUCAGUUUUGCAGACAGGUUCCAGCUUGGAUGUGCAAGAAAGCUUGUGUUGUCCUCUGCUGCCUGAGGAGGAGCUGCAGGCAGGGAAGGAUGGCUUUAGAGUACCACAUGUGGAGACACAGCCUGAGAAUUCUGCACUCCAGCCCACUUUCUUGUCCCUGAUUAAAACCAGAAAUUUAACUCUGGAGCAGGUUGUAGCUAUUGAAGCUUUGACACAGUUGUCUGAAGCUCCUUUAGAAACAACUUCACCAGCUAAAACUGAAAGUACUGAAUGUACAGGAGAAUCAACUUCCAACUCGCUCCAUGGUUUUAAAAGGGAUGUCUCAUCCUCCUUUACAUCCUCUGCAUUACAAGAAAUCAAAGACACUUACUUACAGAAUGAGCAACAGCUCUUGGCUCACUGCGCUCCCUCCCAGAAGCAGCUCCCUAAUAAGGCAGUGUUAUACAAUGGCCAAAGUUCAGUGUCUGAAUUGUGUGAUAAACCUGCCAAUCCAGCUGGGGAGAUGCAGAAAUUACAGUUCUCCUCAAGAGAUACCAAAACUUUAUCUGACUUAACAUCAAAUGCAGCAUUGUGUUCAGGAUGUGAUCCCAACAAAAGUUGUGCUCAUGAGCCAGCCACCCUCACAGGGUAUUGCAGUGCUUCAUGUGAUGUCCAGCAAAUAAGGAACAACUUGGAAGCUCCUGGCCAGUUAGAGCAAAAGCCAACAUGUAAUGAUUUGAAAUUGGAAGGUAAUGCUUUGAUUAAAGAAGGAGGAAUUCACAGCCAGGAUGAAGAGGAUGUAGCUGCACAGCUAACUCAACUAGCAGCACUGAUUGAAUCAAACCAGACAAAUGCAGAGCACAAAAAUGAGAUAAAUGCAUCACUCCUUAAUCUAAUAUCACACGAGAGGCCGCCAAAAUAUAACCAAGAUGUGUUGCAUAAAAAAGAAUCUGUGUUAUUUAGGCAUAAUUAUAAUUCCUUACUGUUAAAGCAAAAGCAGGCAACAAGUAAGAAAGGAAAUGGUGUGCCAUGGAAACCAAAACACAAAAAGAAGCCUCAAGAAGCACGCUAUCAACAAAAUAAUCAAAACCAGCUAGAGCUGUUGUCAUACCAGCAUAGUGAAUUGCAGGACAUUUGGAUAUCAUCAAAACUGCACAAGCUUGGUCAAACCAUGCCACAGGACUCCAGGGCAGCUCCCUCUGAAAAGAAAUCUCCAAGAGCCAAAGUACAGAGAGCGCUCAAUCAAAAUACUUUAGCAUCACAAGAAAAAACUAGAUUAUUUCUCCCACAAGCACAGAUAAAAUUCCACAGGUGUUUACCUGAGGCACCGCAGGAGAAAAAAAAAGACAGGUUGUUUGGCUGUGAAGUGGUGAAUGAGCAAAUGAAAACUGCAGGCUCCAGUGACCCACUAGGCACUGAUCCACUGAAAAAUGAAAUUAUUGCACGUAGCCAGCACAGCAACCUGUCCUCCCCUAACCCUCUGGCUGGUUCACAGCUGAAAACAGCAUCCUUGUUGAAAAGACCAACUGAAAACCUACAGAUGUUUACAGAAAAAUGUAAUUCUCAGGUACAGCAAACAGCAAAUGUCAGUCAGGCACAUCCUUUGGCACCAGCUGUUCAGCAGUCUAACCUGAGAGCUAAUGAAACGUGUAGUGAAAACAAAGCCUGUGUGCAGCAGGCCAAACAACAGGUAGAUCUAAAGUCCCAGGUGCUGCCUGGUCCCUGUGCUGGGGCCCAGGUGCCAGGUUCUGCUGGAGCUCUCAGGAAUCUGGAGUGUGUGGGUGAGGUGACCGGUCUGACAUCAACCAGUUUGGGUACUGACCACGCCCAGAGCACAGGCGACUCAGGGUGUUCCCCAGCAAAAAACACGCUCAGCAGUUUCCUUGAAUCACCUAUGAAGUUUCUUGAUACCCCUACAAAAAAUUUAAUAGACACACCUACCAAAAAAGGACAAUCUGAAUUGCCAACUUGUGACUGUGUUGAGCAAAUCAUAGAAAAAGAUGAAGGCCCCUAUUACACACAUCUCGGGACAGGACCAAGUGUUGCUGCUGUGAGAGAAAUUAUGGAGAACAGGUAUGGAGCAAAAGGAAGUGCUGUAAGAAUAGAGGUAGUGGUUUAUACAGGAAAGGAAGGAAAAAGCUCUCAGGGGUGUCCAAUUGCCAAGUGGGUGAUCCGAAGAAGCAGCGACGAGGAGAAGCUGCUGUGCUUGGUGCGGCAGCGCGCGGGGCACCACUGCCAGACAGCCGUGAUCGUGAUCCUGAUCCUGGCCUGGGAGGGGAUCCCGCUGCUGCUGGCCGACACGCUGUACAAGGAGCUGACCCAGAGCCUGCGCAAGUACGGCUGUCCCACGGGCCGGCGCUGCGCCCUCAACGAAGAUCGUACAUGUGCAUGUCAAGGACUUGACCCAGAAACUUGUGGAGCAUCCUUCUCAUUUGGCUGUUCAUGGAGUAUGUAUUUCAAUGGCUGUAAGUUUGCCAGGAGCAAAAACCCCAGGAAAUUUAGGCUUCUCACUGAUGACCCUAAACAAGAGGAACUUCUUGAAAACAAUUUGCAGACGUUAGCUACUGAUGUGGCUCCGGUUUAUAAGAAGCUUGCUCCAGAAGCUUUCCAGAACCAGGUGGAGAACGAGCACAUGGGCCCCGACUGCCGGCUGGGCUCCAAGGACGGGCGGCCCUUCUCUGGUGUCACGGCAUGCAUCGAUUUCUGUGCCCACGCCCACAAGGACACACACAACAUGCACAAUGGCAGCACUGUGGUCUGUACCUUAACGAAGGAAGACAACCGGAGAGUGGGGGUGAUUCCAAGUGAUGAACAGCUCCAUGUGCUGCCUCUUUACAAAAUCUCACAGACAGAUGAGUUUGGCACUGAAGAGGGCCUGGAAGCCAAGAUAAAAGCCGGAGCCAUACAGGUGCUCACAGCGUUCCCCAGAGAAGUGCGAAUGUUGGCCGAGCCUCUCAGAGCUACCAAGAAAAAGAAACCAGACACAAGGAGGACCCCGAGUGAAAAGCAGUCAUUAAUAGAUAAAAAAUAUUCAACACCAGUAAAACUGAAAACUGAAGCCCCAGAAAAUCUUGGCAACACUUUGCGUUGUUUAGGGAACAAACCAGAUGCUUUAAAACCUGGAGUAAAAAUGGAGACUUCCAACCACGUCUAUGCCAUGAAACAUACUUCAAACACUACUAAAAAUUGCUCUUUACUAAAACAGUACACGGCUUCCUCCCCCUUUAAGGUGGAUAGUUUACAUCCUUAUCCAUCUCUCGCACAUAAGUCUGGCCUAACUGCAGUGACUAAUAUUCAACAAGAUUUUUCAGUUCCCUACGGGUAUUUCGAGUGCAGUACCAAGCAACCUCACGUGACACCUUAUGUUAAUUGCAAGAGCUUUGAUGUGUCAGUCAAAGAUUAUACUGGAAUUCUGCUGAACGAGAAGGUGAAUGGCGUGCCACCAAUUCUUCCUGAGGUCACUGCUGCAGGCCCCCCAGCCCAGAGAGAGCCCCUGCCCACUAAACUUGAACAGCAGCCAGACAAGCAGAAUUGUCAGCUUCAGCUGGACAGCUCUCCUUCCUCGGAGAUGAUCAGCCCUUGUGACCCAUCGGUACCGCCGAGCUCCUCGGCAAAGGAUGCCGUCGGAACCGAAGGCGACUCUUCCCGUGGGUGCCCGGUGGAAAAGGGCAGCUCCCAGCGAGGACAGGUCUGUGACUCUGACUGUGCUGAGGAAAAGCAAAGCAGUGCACUGGGACAGGCGGCUGAUUCUGAAGAAAAGGCUGAGGAAUUGUGGUCAGACAGCGAGCACAAUUUUUUGGAUGAUGACAUCGGUGGGGUUGCUGUGGCACCUUCUCAUGGUUCUAUCUUAAUCGAAUGUGCAAGGCGUGAACUCCACGCUACCACACCAAUCAAAAAACCCAACCGCAAUCAUCCCACAAGAAUUUCUUUAGUUUUUUACCAGCACAAAAAUUUAAAUGAGCCAAAACAUGGUUUAGCCAUGUGGGAAGCCAAGAUGGCCGAGAGGGCGAGAGAAAAAGAAAAAGAAGCGGAACGAUUAGGAACAGAGAAUCCUGAAGUGAACUCGAGCAACAGGAAAGCAAAGCAGCCAAGUGAAAACAGAGAUAUUUUUUAUGAAGACAACGAGUUCAACCAAAUUCCAUCGCGCAGAGCGUUAACAGUGACCAAGGAUAACGUGAUCACAGUGUCUUCGUACGCCCUGACACGAGUGGCGGGGCCCUACAACCAUUGGGCGUAGGCGAGGUGUCUGUGCCCUCCUGGUGCAGUCACUGGUGUUUCUCUAAGGUGCUGUUAAAGAACAAGUCUCGUGUCGUUUACUAUUUGCUCAUCUCAACCAUUUUAAGGCUGAGGUAAAAACAAAAAAAGGGGGGGGGAUUUCUUCUUAAACUGUGACUUUAACAUUUGGUGGUGCUCAAGCACAUUUUAAGCAAAAAAAAAAAAAAGUUGUAUAGUUUUAAUACAUUCUGAAAAAAUAUGUUGUUUAGGUUAUUAACCUUGAUUGAAUCAUUCAGUUUAUUACCUUUAGGAAUUUAUAUUUUGGUGCUUUAAAUCGUCUGUUUACUACAAAAAUCAUUUAUAGGUAUUUUAACAGGUUCACAUUUUAUGGUGUUAAAUCAAGUUAUACAGUUACAGCUCUACACAGCUCUUGGUGCUUAACCACAUCAAACAGUUAAAAAUAAAUAAGCUGAAUUAUUACUUCAUGGUGCCAUUGCUUUAACAACUUCCAGCCAUUGCUAUAUAGUCGAAAUUACAGACAAAUCUUUUAGACAACCAAUUAAUUUUGUUCUUUAGAUUCGUCAGUAGAAUGAAGUUAUUGGCAAUGAUGGCUGGAAGUUGUUUCUAAGCUGUAAAUAUAUAUUUUAAAAGCACUUUCUAUUUUUAAAAUUAACUUGAAAUAGUAUAGUAUAAGGAUCAUAUUGUCUAAGAUUUGUGCAUACUCUACAGAAGAAAUGAUUUGUUCUUGCUGUGCAGAGUUCCAUGGUGUUACAGCUGCAGGAUGUAUGCUGACAGCCUGUGUGGUUGUUUUUAACUUGCCCUUUUCAUUGAAGAUUUUAUGUUGCAUUUAAACAAACAGUUAUGAAUUAUAGAACCUUUUUAUUCUUUUUCAGGAGAGUGUACAAACAUGAAAGAGGAGAUGUCUGGUCAAUAGGUGUGUUGCUAUUGGGAGUUAUGAAAAUUAUCUGGUUUUUUUAAAGGCAGCAUUUGUUAUGGUUUCUUUGAGCAAUAAGUGCAUCAGUCUCAUUUGUUUGCAGCAUUCUACGUUAACAGGGCAACCAAAUGUUCCUAAUGCCUCAGGGGUGGGAUUGUUUUGGGAUAAAAAAUACCCCCUAGAGUUGCCUUAUUCUAUUCUGAUAAAAAAAUAUAAUUUGGGAAAAAAUACAAAGGAAGUGUUGGAAAAAUAUCAAAUUUCUAAUGUUAUCAGCAAAGUUUUUGUUAAGAAUAUCCUAUCUGUAAUAUUCACCAACUUUGAGUUCAGUUUUUUUACAAAAAUGCUUUGUAAAAUUUUGAAGCAAUUUAUACAUUUCCCAUGGAAAGGGUUGUAUCCUUCCUUGAAAUUCAUUUCUCUUGAGAAAGUGACAUCACAAAACAAGUAUUUGCUAAACCAGAGGAAAAACAGACACUCCAUUGCUUUUAAAUACUGUAGCAUCCCACUCUUCUUUCUGAUUCUCCUCUCCUAUGUAUUUCUGGUUUAAACUUAUUUAUUUAAACCAAUGACCAAAUGUCAGCGUUAGCUAAGGACUGACCUCUCCUGCACCUUCUUCCAUGAGCGCAGCUGGAGCAGGAGCAGUGCUGGCGCCAGGGCUGGCUGGUCCCAGUGCUGCAGGAUCAGGCCCACACACAGAGCUGUCCCCUCCUCCUGUCCCCUGCCUGGGGACCCUGGAGCUGCAGUCAAGUCACUUGUGCAGUGUGAAAACGUGCUCAUUAAAUACUUGAUAAUAUUAUCCUCUAGUGGUGCUGUAUAGAGGAAUAUGAACUCUCUGGAUCUGCUUUAUUUCAAGACAAGGUGCUUUUUCCUUGAGAAAAAAGGAAAGGUGCUUUUUCCUUUUAUUCCAGUUUCGGUACGAAAAGUACAUCAGUGGCGUUAGUGCCAGUCAGGACCUUGGUGCUACAAAUCCUUGGGUGCGGCUGUAGGUCCGUGGGACUGUUCUCCUGUAGCCAUGUGCAGUGUUUGCAGGAGCCAGCUCUGAGGUAGCAAUCACUAUCUAAUGAUCCUGGCUUCAGCUCUGCACAUUCCUGCUCAAAUCAACAAAGCUAUUCAUGGCAGAGGAUGGAGGAAUUGAACCAGUUCUUUCUAUCUUACUUAUUUUAAGUAAAACCUGUAAAAACCGGGUAUGCUGCAAAUUUUAAUUCAAAGCUUAAUAUUAGUUCAAAUAGAGGAUAUGAAGGGAUUGUAAAUAACGAUAAAACAGAACCAAUAUGAUGCCAUUGUUUUGUACCAGCAGUUUUAUGCUUAUUGACUAUGUAAUAUACAGUAUACAUCAAAUCAUUAUGGUAUUUUGUGUGCCUUAGAUUUCCAUGUUAAAACUUGUAUAUUUUUGGUGAGCCGAAGAUUAGUAGUAGGAAUUGCAGCUGUCCAUACAGUCAGUAGUGCUGUACAUUCCAUAGCUGUUCCAGUCAUGUAUUUGUCUCACCAUGCAGAGAUUCAUUUAUUUGUUUCGCUGAUAGCCCUGACAGCUUCAGUUUCUGUGAUGCUGUAGUUCAGCACUCUCGUGAUAAAUUUUCUACACAAAAUUGGUAACCUACAGAGCCAUCUCUUUACCUUUUAAAUUGUUCAUACCAUUAAAGUGGAUUAUUUUUACUUGAAUCUUCUCCUAGAAAUUUAACUUACUGGAAACUUCAGAUUAAAAUGUUCCAUUGAAAAACCAGCAGCUUCCCUCUAAGAAGUGAGGCACUGAAAGGUGGAUCUAAAAGGAUCCCUUCAACUGGGUAGCCCAGGUCUACCUUUUUUUGAAAUGGCAAUUCUAAUGAAGAAAUGUUUAUCUUAAUAUAAUUAAUACUAUUAACUGAUAGGUGCUAAACUCACAGUUACUACUUCAUUAAUAUUACUCACAUGAGAGAAAUACAUCAUCUAUACAAUAACAUAUCACCCACGGUGCUCUUUCCUUGGCUGUCUUUCACCUAAACUGCUUUUUCAACACGUCCCUACCAGGCAGGUUGGCCACUUCCACUUCCUGCUGGACAUGUAGUGGGUUGUGAUUUGAGAGGCUGAUCCUUUCUAUUGCUGUACUGCAGUAUAGAAAAUGCAUCUAUUUACUGGUUUUACAACUCUCUGCUAUUUCUUGUAACACUUCGGGAUAUUUAUCAGUCUUGUACACAAAUUGCAUUGUUUUCAGUAAGGUUCUCAUUUUAUAACAGUGUUUAUCUCUUAGGAUCUUCAGCUUUGUGGGUCUGUUCUUUCCUUUGCAGUCCACACAACCACUUGUAAUUUGCUCUUAGGUUUUAACCCAAGUCCUUCUUGGAUAGGCAGGUCAGGAGCUGGAUCAAAAAUAAAAGUAGCUGGCUAGGUCAGACCUGCAUGUUUUAUUUGGUUUUUCCAUCAGCUGGCACAGUGUUCUGGGUGAAAAACCAGCACAUGGACUCAGGUGUGGGCUGGCAGUGAGGUGUGCUUGCCUUUGGAGCAGUUUUUACAGCAUGCCAGGAAAAGCUGUCAUGAUCCAACACAGGACACCUCUGACUUCCCAGAAGAAAUGUCUCAUCCCAUUGUUCACUGGGUCCAGUACCACGAAUCCACCUCUGCUGUGGAGGGGAGGAGCAGGGCUUGCGGCAGGACCAGUUCUGUUUGACUCCCUGUGGGAGUCACUGCAGUUGUGAUCAGUUAGACAGUGAAUUUACUGAUUCUUCACAUGCUAGUGUACUGCAGGAAAUGGAAAGAAAUAUUUCUGUAAAUACUUAAGUCACAAGAUCCAAGAAACUUUGUAAGUACUUACAAAUACUUGCAGCUUCCAACCUGUAACAGUUGUAUUCAGAUUUUUUUAAGGACUUUCUAAGAAUCUUAACUGCUGGUGCAGGUCCUUGUGUUACCUAUGACAGUGCUCCUUUAGAUGUAGAACAGGAAAUAACUGUAGUAUCUUGAGCAAAAUUCUAUGUUAAGCAUGGGUAAAUGACAACUUGUCUAGUACUUAACAUUCUUUCUAGCAUACAACUGUAUGGGGUUUUUAAAGUCCUUUUUAAUUUCAUUGCAGUAUUAACUAAAUAUGGUUGAUUAAAUUUGGGUCCUGUUCACACUGCUGCAGCCUUGCUGACUCCAAAAUGCUCAUUCAUCAAGUUUUCUUGCAAUUUCCAUAUUUAUUUGGAUGGAUGUGGACAACAGUUGACCAAUAUCUGUGCCAACUCAGAGGUCAAUCUUGUUCUUUCACUUCCCGUGCAACUUCUCUAAUGUAGAAAUUGACUCCAUUUAUCAAGCAGUCAUCAGCUUUGUAAUCCAUUGAUAUAUGUGGUUGUUUCUUUUCCAUAGAAAUCCUGUCAUUUCUAGGCUGUCAGAAGGAAAUAGCUGUGCUCUCAGAUAUAUGAAAAACUCAAUUGCAUGGCCACUUCAUGCUUUGUGUAUGUUAACACCAGUUACACUCAGGCAGUGUGGGACAAACUCUUUCAGGCUUAUUGUGGUCACUGAAAUUCAGAUUGGGAUCUUUGUAUCUUUACACCAUAAAAUUGUGAUUUAUUUUCUUGUGUGAAAGCUGUCUGCCAAGCUGUGACCUGUAAUUAUCUGCUUUUCAAUAGCAAUUACAGAUGAGAAACAGUCCAGUCACAUUUGGGAAUUCCUGCUUUAUCAGGUCUUGCUCUAACUUGCAGGAGGAAGUGUGGAGGGAAUAUCUUUCCACUGAUUAUUGUGACACCAGGGUACUGCUCUGCAGUGUCUGUGUCACAGCACUGUUCCAACCAGUGAGAUAUUUCAUUGUGGAUAUUUGUACAAAUUCACCUCUUUCCACAGCUCCUCCCCAGGCAGAAAUCUCUCUUUUGGUCUCUACCUGCAUACACUGGUUUACAAAAACACCAAAGGAGGGAGAGGUGGCCCCUGCUCUUGAUACAUGUAGACAAACAAGGUGGCAAGCACUGCUGUCAUUGCCAGCCUGCUG